AUGAGAGAAAAGUUUGCAGUAAAACAUUUAAUUAAUGCUAUUGGUAAAAAAGACAUGUUCUAUGUAAAAGACAAAGAACCAAGAACAUUAGAUGAAAUAUGUCAGCUAUAUGAGAAAUAUAAAAAUAGAAAAUUGUUCAGCAUGAUUGAUGAGAUUAAACGAGAUAAGUUUGGAAACGGAAAUAACAUAAAAACACCCUUCAAGUGUAACCGUGAUAAGGAAGCAUUAGUUCAUGUAGAAGCUGUAUUUAGAACUAAACAUUUAAAAUGUCUACUAGAUAGUGGUGCAGAUGUGAAUCUUUGUCCAAAGAAAUUUGCAGAUGAUUUGAAAAUUCGGAAAAAAUUUAAGUAUCAGAAUAUUUUUACAACUUUCUAUGUGUCACCAAACGUUGAUCAUAUAAUUUUAGGAAAGAAUUGGUUGUAUGAUAACAAUUGCAUUUGGGAUUUUGGAAGGAGUAAUAUUGUAAUAAACGGAAAAAGUUACAACCUCGUAAAAUCUAGACAAGAAACAGAUAUAAGAUGCAUUUCGAAAAUUACGGCUGUUAUUCCACCCCGCAGUGAAAUGUUCAUUCAGACAUUUAUAGAAAAAUCAAAUUUGAAACCUUUAAAACAAGAUACAGCAUGGUCAACUAGUAUAAAUAAAAUCAAAACCAAUUUGCUAACUACGAGAUCAUUAAUUAAUGUCAAUAAACCGUUUACGUGUAUUAGAGUUUGUAACAUACCAGAUGAAAAAGUUGAAUUACCUAAGGAUCAAGUAAUCACCAAAUUGCAUGAAGUUGUUGUAGUUGUUGAUAAAGUUCAAGAAUCAAAUAACAAACCCACCAAAGAAUAUGAUGAGACUAUAAAUACAAUAGUUGAUGAGGUACAUUCCAGUGUUCCAGAUAAUAUUCGUAGUAAUUUGAGAAAGUUGUUAUUAAAGUAUAAAAAUAUUCUUUCAUUAAGCGAGUUUGAUUUAGGAAGAACUAAUAUAACGCAACAGGAAAUUGCUACCGGAGCAAACAGACCAUUUCGCCAAGCUUUGCGACCGCAACCUAGAGCACAUCUACCAAUCAUUGACAAUUUGUUAGAAGAGAUGUUACAGCAAAAAGUUAUAGAACCUUGUCAGAGCGAAUGA